AUGGCCAGGCCGCAGAGGACUCCGGCGCGCAGUCCCGACAACAUCGUCGAGGUGAAGAGCAAAUUUGAUGCUGAGUUCCGACGCUUCGCGCUGCCCCGCGCAUCGGUGAGUGGCUUCCAAGAGUUUUCGCGGUUGCUGCGUGCAGUGCACCAGAUCCCGGGCCUGGACGUGCUGCUUGGCUAUACAGAUGCUCACGGCGACUUACUGCCCCUCACCAACGACGACAGCCUGCACCGGGCCCUGGCCAGCGGGCCCCCACCGCUGCGCCUGCUAGUACAGAAGCGGGCAGAAGCUGACUCCAGUGGCCUGGCCUUUGCCUCCAACUCUCUGCAGCGGCGCAAGAAAGGGCUUCUACUUCGGCCAGUGGCACCCCUGCGCACCCGGCCACCCCUACUAAUCAGCCUGCCCCAAGAUUUCCGCCAGGUUUCUUCAGUCAUAGAUGUGGACCUACUGCCUGAGACCCACCGACGGGUGCGCCUGCACAAGCAUGGCUCCGACCGCCCCCUGGGUUUCUACAUCCGAGAUGGCAUGAGUGUACGUGUAGCUCCCCAGGGCCUGGAACGGGUUCCAGGCAUCUUCAUCUCCCGCCUGGUACGAGGGGGCCUGGCUGAGAGUACAGGGCUGCUGGCAGUCAGUGACGAGAUCCUCGAGGUCAAUGGUAUUGAGGUGGCUGGGAAGACCUUGGACCAAGUGACGGACAUGAUGGUCGCCAACAGCCACAACCUCAUUGUCACUGUCAAGCCAGCCAAUCAGCGCAAUAAUGUGGUGCGUGGGGCAUCUGGGCGUCUGUCAGGGGCUUCCUCUGCUGGGCCUGGGCCUACUGAGGCUGACAGCGACGAUGACAGCAGUGAUCUGGUCAUUGAGAACCGCCAGCCUCCCUGUUCCAAUGGGCUGUCUAAGGGGCCUCCAUGCUGGGACCUGCGCCAGGGCCGUCUACUUCCUGGUGCCCGAAGCUCUCUACCCUCCCUGGAUGAUCAGGAGCGGGCCAGCUCUGGAUGGGGGAGUAGCAUGCGAGGAGAUGGUAGUGGCUUUAGCCUCUGACAGGCAAGGACGCAGCCCCUUGCCACUCCAGGCUGCUGGGACAUGGCAGGGACUUCCCCAGUGGGGGUUUUAAGCUUGCUCACAGGGCCCUCUCAGUCUGGGGAACAUUAAAGGUUUUCUACA